UGUAAAACGAUUAACUCUAUGAUACAUAAACUUCUUAUUCGGAAUUGUGAAUCAGAUAAAGCUAUGAAAAUGAGAUCCGAUGAAGAAAUCUCAAUUCGUUCUGCUACUACCUUGCAAUUGAAUCUUUGCUAUGUAAAGACAAGCACGAUAAUAAUUCCAAUGGAAUGUAAUUGUCUUUGAAUUUUUUACUCAGAACAUGGCGUAUCGAAUUAUCAUCGUUUUUUCAAAUACGUUGUCGGUCUUUUUAAUAUAAUCUGAUACUCCUCAGGAUCCUGAUAUUGUAAUAUAACGCAAUACAUAUAAAUCACGUUGAAAGAAUUUAACGAUGGCGACGCGCGGUAUUAACCAAGAUGAGAAAUUUAUUUAUCGUGUCGUUCACGAUGCACGCUAGAUUGUAACUACAAUACCAUGAGAUUGUGAGUUAAGAUGUUUUCAAGCUACGAUAUAAAGGUUCGUUUGCAUUUGACAUUAAAGCCCACACGAACAUAUAUCAAGCUUUUUUGAGCGCAUUUUGUUUUCAUCUUUAUCGAUAAUCCGAAAUAUUUCAUGAAUUUAUUCAUAAAGUCUUAUUAAGCGUCUGACGAUGCUUGCAAAGUAUUUACAUAGAAUAUAAGUACGGUACUAAAAAGGUAGCGUGGAUAAAAGUAGUAGAAAGCUUUCUUUACCUUUUUUUCCACUAGUCGGGUCACCGAUUAAAUAACCACAAAUAUCAACACUUUACCAUUAUCUGGUUGCGAUGGCUGUCUCGAUCACAUUGAAAUUACAUAAAUCUUCGUCGUUUAUCGAACCGACGUUUACCGGAAAGUUUCGUCUCUCGAAUGACGCAUAUACGGGAACGGACCAAGAGCGGAUCUGCAAAAUCGGUGUCAGCUUCAUUUCGGGUACAAAGAAAUAAACCAUAAUCAUUUUAUCUUCCGGUGCAUUGUUCGGGUUGGCGGGAAGGAAAAAGGAGAGGAUACCAGAAUACUCGCGAUAAUUACGCAAGUGAGAGAUUACGCAAGUUCUCCUGGUAUUGGAUUGAGACGGGAAAAGUCACGGAUGACCGUGGUGCCGCGAGUACAGUGGCCGGUGAAAUCGCGUUAAAAAGCCGCGCGCAGGUACGAUCGAAGGACCGAUCGUCUCUGCUCCUUUUUCUUUUUCUUUUUUUUUAUUUCUACGGGGGUGUGGAUCGUUCGCUGUUAGAAGUGCUCUAGAGCGAGACGUGGAUAUCCCGAAAUAAACUUUCUCGGGUUAUGUAAAGGCUGGCAACUGGCUUGUGUAGACUCGCCGGUAUAAAGGUCGGCUGUGCCCCCAACAGUCCAAGAGUUGCUCACGAACUUCACGCCGGCAACCAUCGGGAGAACAUCGACGCUCUAUAUGUGACGUUGCCUUUUUAUCUGACGCAGACUUAUCUCCAUCGUUCACACGCAUCGUAACAUCGCACUUUCUCGAGAGAGCGUUGUGCUGUUGCACAGGCACGUGUCCCGUCGCGUCAUUUCGGCAACAUGCGUUCUUUGGUCUUCCUUACGCUUAUCGCGGUGGCUCACUGCCAGGAAUAUUUCCGGCAACCGGAAAAGAUCGUCAGCGAAAACCGGAACCUUGGUGACAAUCGUGGCCACUAUUCGUUCACUUACGAGACCGAAGGCGGUAUUGUGCAAACAGAGACCGGAAGCCGAAAGUACGCCGGCACGCCGUCUGAAACUCAGCUGAUUCAAGGAUCCGUACAGUAUAAUGCUCCAGAUGGUACUCCGAUAGCAAUUAGCUGGACCGCCGACGAAUUUGGUACGCAAGUAGCAGGUACUCACGUGCCAACACCGCCACCAAUACCGCCAGCCAUACAGAGAGCUCUUGAUUGGAUCGCGAAACAACCCUCGACUCCGGAACCCGAGGAACUCGCCAAAGACUCGCCGAGUCAACAAAACGCCGUUCCAGCAGCCAACACUAAUCGACUAUAUAAACCGUUAAGGACGAAUCAGCGAAACUGAUUGAUCGUGAUACGAACGUUAGAAUAGAUCGCAUGUUAGUUUUUAUAAUGUACAAAAUAAACUUCGUAUUUUCGUAGAAAACUCGUUUGUCACGAAUUAACUCGUUUCAUCGACGAUCGUUCAUCUUCGAUUCCAAAACGCUUCCAAACGCUUUUAUUCGACAACUUUGUUUAACCAUCGACGUAUUACGGUCUCACGAAUAAACAUAGGAAAUUACUACCGUGAAAAUUGUCUGUAUGUUUUCUAAAAAUCUAUUGUCGAUUUUUCCAUGUAUUCGUCUUUUUCUUCGUACGUUAAUGAUUUUCCUAACGCCGUUUGAUCGUUCUACUUUCCUUGUCGAACGAUGUUUAUUAGCUUCUGGAAAAAAUUUCGCUUCUCUAUUCGUAUCGCAAACACGCACAGAAUCGAACGCUUGCACGCUCCACAGAAGCGCUUUUACGCGUUACCUAGAAAAUAAUUUAUCGACAUAGAGCGCAAAGAGGCGAUGGCUGCAAUUGAAUAAACACGUGCAACUUUAUACUUAAACUCGCAACACGCGUUGCAUAACUUGGACGGAAUUUGAGGGAAUCGCUAUUUCUGUGAUGCUUAGUCGCGCAUAUUUUGUAAUUAAAAAGAGGGAAUAUCGACGAAAGUUUAGAUUUUAAUUUUUAAUUUUCUCGCGAAACCUGCUUAUCGAUAGGAAUAUUUCUUAAAAGGUUUAUAAUACUUCUACGAGCUUUCGAUCUUGAAAAUCUGCUGAUAUUAUUUAAUCGUAAAUCAGUAUUAUGUUCCUUACAUUGUAAGAUUUAUAAGGCUUAUAAAAUAAUUCGAAUACGAAACAUGUAUCAGACUAUCGAUUAAACGAAAUAAUUUCAUAUAGAA